AGAGUCAGACACAACUGAGCGACUGAGCACAGCACAGGGAACCCCACUCAGUGGUCUGUGAUAGCCUAGAGGAGAAGAGAAUCUGAAAAAGGAUGAAUAUAGUUUAAAAAUAAUUGAAUCACUUAGUUGUACACCUAAAAUAAAGCAGGAUUAUAAAUCAAAUAUACUUCAAUAAAAAUUUUUUUUUAAAGGAAGCACAGAUCACUCUCUUGAAACCACAUUGGGUCAUAUGUGUUAUAUGCUAACAUAUAACAUAUCCCAGGGUGAGGGCUGGGACUGCGGAUCUAGGCAGCCAAGGGUGUCUGGGUCACUCUGACUCUGGUCCUGUGUGGAGUCAUCCAGGCUGUCACCCUUCUCUGGACACCCUCUGGAGCCACCCACUCAGAGCACAGGUCUUCUCCCCUGGGCCACUUUCCCACCACACUACCCCUCACUGUCCCAUCAAUGUGAGAGGCAUGGAGCUGUCUGGCAGGACAUCUCUGGAGCUGCACCUGGGUACUCUCUCUGCUGUGCAGGAAUCUGGAUUUAGAUUCACAAGUGAGGCCAUAAACUACUUGAUUAAUUUAUGUUAUAUCUUUAUCUUCAGGCCCAUGAGGAGGGCAGGGCCCUCCACAGUCCCUGAGAGGAAGACAUGGAGGGCUCAUUUCCUUUCUCUGCCUCCUAUCUACUCUUCCUGCUGCACUGAUACUCAUUUCUGGAAGACUGUAGCUAUCAUGGAUUGUAAAUCAUGGGGGAGCGUUAGGAUUGCCUGGGGUUCUCUUCUUCCUGUAACCCGGGCCGAUUUAAUGUUAUGAUUCAGGCUUGUUUCCCAAGGGCACUGGCAACUCCCCCGGUUAGCUGACGUCUCUCUGGGGUCGGGAACCAGGGGAGCCCGACCUCGGCGGCCUUUGAUCUCUAGGCGCCCAGAGAUUGGCUUCCAUGGGAAUCUGCUGAGAGAGAGACAAGAGUAGACCCUGCUCAGCCUGCCGGGGGCUGAGUCAGGCGCUGGGCUGGGGGCGGGGCCGAGAAGAGGGGCCGGUGCUUCCGGGCCCCGCGGAUUCAGAAGUUAAAGCCCACCUGUGCUGGAGCUCUGCACUCUGAGCGUCAUAACCUGCACCAUGCCCAUGAUUCUGGGUUACUGGGACAUCCGCGGGCUGGCCCAUGCCAUCCGCCUUCUCCUGGAGUACACAGACACAAACUAUGAGGAGAGACAGUACUCGAUGGGAGAUGCUCCUGACUAUGACAGAAGCCAGUGGCUGAAUGAAAAAUUCAAGCUGGGCCUGGACUUCCCCAAUCUGCCGUACUUAAUCGAUGGGACUCACAAGCUCACCCAGAGCAACGCCAUCCUUCGGUACAUCGCUCGCAAGCACAACAUGUGUGGGGAGACAGAGGAGGAGAUGAUUCGUGUGGACAUUUUGGAGAACCAGGUUAUGGAUGUCCGCUUUGCUAUGAUCAGGAUCUGCUAUAGCCCUGACUUUGAGGAACUGAAGCCCGGUUUCUUGAAGGAGAUCCCUGAAAAGAUCAAGCUGUUCUCAGAGUUUCUGGGGAAGAGGCCUUGGUUUGCAGGGGACAAGCUCACCUAUGUGGAUUUCCUGGUUUACGACGUCCUUGACAUGCACCGCAAAUUUGAGCCCAAGUGCCUGGACGCAUUCCCAAACCUGAGAGACUUCAUUUCUCGUUUUGAGGGCCUGAAGAAGAUCUCUGCCUACAUGAAGUCCAGCCGCUUCCUCCCAGGCCCUCAGUUCCUGAAGCUUGCCGUGUGGGGCAACAAGUAGUGCCCGCAACCAGGAGAUGGGCAUGAGGAGCCAGUGCCUUGGAGACCAAGUGGACCUUCCUGCCCGCGGAACCAUCUGUCUUUUUCUUUCUCCUUCUGUUCACUCUAGAUGGCUUCUUGGCCCCCUUAUCGCCCUCCCAUCCCCCCUUUCCAUCCAUCCUUUAAUUCAGUUUCCCACUUUUUUUUCAUUUUUUUUUUUUAAGCAAAGGUCCUUCCCCACCCCACAUUAUCCCUCCUGCACUAAAGCCAUGUAGACUAACCUUCCCUUCCAUGGUUGCUUCUGCAUUGAGGAGCCCAGUCAGGUCCCUGGCCCAUGGAGCUGUGUUCUGAGCUCCCAGCAUUGCCCUGAAGACCAGCACUGGCCUGGUGUGAAGUCCGUGCUUCCCAGUGUGGUUCCUGCCCAGCCAGUCUGAUCCCCAGUAAAGGCUUAUCACACCUGC